UAGGCCAAUUGCAAGAAAACCAGCAGAUAACCUGGAAAAACUGCUGUUUACCGAAAAAGACCAAGACCAUUGCCCAAUACGAGGGACCGAUCAAAUCAAAGAUCAUCACAAGUCUCAAGGUCUCUAAUGCAUUACAUCUAGCAAAAGAUCACUGCAAAUAGAAACAGACCACGAGGAAAGAUUGAAAACAUCAAGACGCUCAGCCGUGAGCAAAAGCAGCUCGACUGAAGGAGGAGAAAGAAAAACAUUAUUGGAGGCUAACAUUCGUUUUAGUCUAUGUCACCCCAGCCAUUCAGUAAUUGUUACUAUUAGUUUCCUGCUAUGUAAUAAUAGGGUAGGUAGGGUACCUACCUACCUUCGUAGUAGUUUAUAGUUACUACGUGCGCACUGGAUCGCUUGUUGAACUUACGAGCAAGAUAUCCUUUUGAAAAUACUUUAUAGGCCUGGAAAGAUAAGUGCAGUUAUUUGUGUUUCGAUAUUAAUAGAAUUGUUUACAUAAUGUUCGUUUAAUGAUAACAACGAACUUCUUCAAGUUCGAUUUUCUUCGAGAAAUUAUAGGCGUCCAUAUGCCUUUGUUGAAUGCAAUGUACUUAGUAGCUUUUUUACAAUUCUUGUUUCAAGUAAUUCCCAGUAACAUAAAAAAUACACCAAUUUGACGUCAAAAUAUAAAAGUCCAAAACACAUCAAAUGCCAGUCAGUAGAUUUCGCGAGAUGCCUGUACUCACUGAUAGAUACGAGUAAUUGAAAGAAGUAGAUAGAUACCUAGUUUUAAAUAGCUGAACGUGGCCAUUCAGUCUUUUCAAGACUGUUGGCUCUGUCUACCCCGCAAGGGAUAUAGACGUGACCAUAUGUAUGUAUGUAGAUACCUAGUUUUAACUAUUGACUUAAACACAUCCUUCCAUUUGCUACGAUCUGGGCAUACAUCUUUCGCUAUUUUAUUCUUCUCGUUAUUCAAGCUCAUCGGAGAAGGGGACUUGACUUUUCUCCAGGAUGACCUGCCCUUUUUCCAGGAUUUACCUAAUUUUCGGUUCAUUCGUCUGGGCUUUCACUUUCCAACGUUCCCAUUUACUCUUUUCUGCACUUAGCGAAUUUCUGCACGAGGCAUUUAGUUGUGAUGAUAUAUUAACUUUAUCUUUUAUUUAUUUAAAAUUAUACCCAAUAAGAGGAUCGUAAUUAUUAUUAAAAGUUAUGAUAAUGUCACUGUUUACAUGCGUCUAUUACAAGAUGCAGUUACAAAUGAGGUUGGCGAACCAGUGAUAACUAGUUCCGAUUUAGAGCAAACUAGUGGGUAUUAUCUAGAAAUUACAAGAAUUAUAUCAACCUGUGCAUUAUCAGGUUUUUGAUCAUUUUAACAGUAGGUACUUAUCUUAAACUUCUACCUUACAUAGGGCUUACGCACCAUUAUUUAGUUAAUUUACCAAAACAAAUGGCGGUAGGAUGGCUGGAUGGAUAGGCUAAAAAAAUAAUUACUUAGAUACAAUAUAUUGACCAGGACGUAAGUAUUAACCAUACAUGAGGAGGUAACACACAGUACAUACAGUACACCCCCCCCCCCAUAUUAGUAUAGAUGAAGAAAGACUUUGAAAAGAAGAUUUUAAGGCAAGUUUUAAUAAGAUUAUUUUACACAAAGCUAAGUUUUACUGUAAUAGUAACAGCCUGUAUAUAAGGCCAGUAUGUUCUAAGUAAGUGGGUAUACUAAGUUAUAUGCUUACUAUACGUCACAUUAUCAAUUAUUUAUUAUACCUACUAUGUAAGUAUAUGCUCAUCCAACUUUCCUACUGAUAAAUUGUGUGUGAUUUUUGACCUUUUGAUGAUAUUUGUACCAAAAUCACAAGACGAUCUAUUUUUUACUCAGAUUAAACUUAGGCACUGGGUAACUAAAUGUACCUACUGGCGCCGGACUUGAGGUUAUCGCUGAGGCGCGUGCGCGACGCCAACUCUGCGUGACAAUAAAUAACGCGGGCGGACAUCAUUCGCGUUUAUUACUCAUAAAAUUGUCGAACGCCACGCACUAUAGUUCAGAAAAAGAAAUCAAAAUGGUUAAGAGUGUUCUUCGUGGUGAAACCUGCGGGUAUUGCAACGCUUGUGUGCGUAACCGAUUGUGCGCUGCUAGAGGGCGUAGUCCCGAAGCUUUGGAGUGCGCGUACAAGCAUAUCCUCGAGUCGUACGGUGACGGUAUGCCUGAAACUCCGGCUAAAGUUCCUGAAUCUCCGAAGUCUGCAUGUGCUUCUUGUCGUUGGACGUCAGACGCGCAGUUUCCGGAGACACCCACUUCGAUAAGCGAUCUGAGUCUAGAGUGGAGCUCCAGGUCUUCCGAACGCUCCCGAAGAAGACGCAAAAGAUAGGCAGCAGUCUUAAAGCAUUGCGGAACUUGGUACAUAAAGCUCAAUGAUAUGGAAAUCUGUGUGAAAAUGACGGUGGAAUCUCUAUCAUGCCCGCUGAAGAUUUCGUAGGGUCGUUAAUGUCAACUAGGAGACUACAAGGAGGCAGCACUUAAAAUUUAAUAAAACA